UUCAUGCUGACAAGUCUACAUUUUUCAGGUGUAGGGCGGGGUUUUCGCCAAACGGGUUUGGUGAAAUAAAUCGAGACGUGACAAACAAAUAGAGCCUAACUCUUAUAAGAAGUCGGAUGUGCAUGAAAUGAAAAUAUGAAACGCUUGUUUGGAAAAAGGGGAUUCAUUUACUCUAUUCGUUUUAUUUUUGUGUAUCUAAUGACAUGCUUUUCAGUCGCCAAAUCAGGUUCUCACUCACUGAUGGCUUUGGCAACAUAUAUAGUUGGACAGACACCAUUUCCAGAGUUCAGUGUUGUGGUGAUGUUGGAUGAUCUGCAAAUAGGAUAUUAUGACUUGGUCACAUGGAGUAUUUUACAUAGCAGUGAAAGUGAUUCAAAAUAUGAUAAUGAAGUGAAAAGUGACGCUGAUAUUGUAUUUCUUGAAAUGUAUAACAACAUGAAAGAUCGGGCAGUUUAUUUUAAGGAGCACCUAAAUCACACAGAUGGUGUACAUGUUCAUCAGAGACUUGUUGGAUGUGAAUUGUUGAACAAUAAUAAACCAGGUUUACUUCAGAGAUGGGAUGCUUUCAAUGGACAAGAAAUGGAAGAGUACUCCUUUGACACAGAAAAACAUGAUAUGAAGACAAAAAUAACAUGGAGGCCAUGGGGCCAAAUGACAAGACUUCAUAUGAAGUUGCUGUGUGAAAACAUUUAUCAACCUAUUUGCAUUAAAACUUUGCGAAGGUACCUGCACAUGAAAAAGAACAGUGUGAUGAGAAAAGUGAAACCCAGAGUCAGACUCAUGAGGAAGACACUCACAGACUCUCAAGGGCUUCAGAUCAGUUGUCUGGCCACUGGUUUUUACCCCCGUCACAUUAACCUGACUCUGUUCAGAGAUGAUCAGCCUGUGGAUGAUGAUCAGAUCACAGGAGGAGAGAUUCUUCCCAACGGAGACGGAACUUACCAGAUGAGGAAGAGUUUGGUGAUCAGCACAGAAGAACUACAUGAAAGACACAAAUACAACUGUACAAUGAAGCACCUCAAUCUGGACAACAAACUGGACAUUACGUUUGAUGUGGAUGAAUCUGACUCAGGAUCCAUUACUCUGUCUGUAGUUAUCAGUGUGCUGGUGUUACUGUGUGUGGCUGUUCUGAUCAUAACUGCACUCAUUAUAUGGAGGAAGAAGAGACAUGCUGCUGGACGAGGCUCUGAGACGUCAAAGAGUGAUUACUCCCUUACUCCAUCAUCCACGCAAGAUGAAUCAUGAGUCUAAACAGGCCUAUAUUAAAUUCAAACUUAAAAUUUAAAAGCCUUAGCAUUUGCUCAGAGAUACCAUCAGGUUUUGUUAUGAUAAUGACCAUCAAAUGAUAUUUGAUUAAAACGACAAAGGAAUGUAAUAUAGUUACACUACAAUAACAGAUAGUGUAGUAUACAACAUAAAACUUAAGCCUGUUUUUCAUUGUUGUUAUUGUUUUGCUUGUCCAAGUUGAUCUGGGUUUUAUUAUUCUGCUGUUCUGUACUGUACAUGCAGAACAACUUUACCUUUAGAAAAUUGUGAUAUCUAUUGGAGAAAAGCAUUUGGGCUGCAAAUAUGAAAAUGACCAUUCAAAGACACGUUUGAUUAAAGCGAAUAUGGGUAGAAAUCUUUACUGUACUAAAGGUAUACAUGUGAAUUAAAUGUAGCACAAUGGCCUUCAUCAUCACAGUGUGCUAAUGCAGUUCACCCCAAAACUAAAGAAACUCAUUUUAAAAUCGUAUAUGAUAUUUACCCUUCUGGAGAAUUUCUAAGGGUUAGAUUUAAUUUUGAAAUGAUAUAAUGUGAAUUUUGUAACUCAUCUCCAGAUAAUACAGAGCAUAUUGUUUUUGCUUGCAAAUAUUCUAGUGUCUUCUGGGACAAAAUGCAAUUAUGGUUAAAAGAAGGAAAUGUGGCUUAAUUGAACCUUUCCUUUAUAGAUAUUAAGUAUGGAAACUAUGCAGAUGAUGGUAAAAAAAAAAAGUUUGUGUAAUCUAUAAUUAUUAAUAUUGAUGGUUUAAAGACUGAAGUGUUUUUUUUUUUUUUUUUUUUUAAGUCUAAGCCCCUAUUAACAUUGAUGUUUUUGAAUGUAAGUUGUAUGCCAAUUUGUUUUGUACAUUUGUAAUAUUUUUGUUAAUACUUCAAUAAAAAAAAUAAAUAAAAAAAAAUCAUAGCCUAUGAGUCAAUAGGUGUCAUCAUCGUACAGUCUACAUGCAUGUCUAGCCAAGUUUAAUAGAUCCAUAUCGCACAGUGUGAUUUGUAAUGAUCUUAUAGGAUUGCUAAAAUCGUGCAGUGUAUCCCGGGCUUAAAAGGGAAUGCGAAGUUACAAACGAAUUGCUUUCUCCGGGAAGAGACCUGGACAAGCUGGACUGUGUUUCCUAAAUUCAUUCACUGCUUAAAAAAAAAAAAAAUAAAAAAAAAAUGAUGGUUGGCUGGUCUUAGCUGGUCUUCAAGCCUGGUCAUAGCUGGUUUAGCAGGCUGAUUUUAGAGGGGUUUUGGCCAUUUCUUUGGAUGGUCAGGCUGGUCUUAGCUGGUCCAGCUAACCAUCUGAACACCAGCUACAUCCAGCUUAAAUCAGCUAAGAUCAGCCAGUCAGCUUUGGCUGGUUUUAGCGGUUUCUUUCAGCAGGUUUGUAUGUCUACAUAUACUGUAAAGACCAUUGGUGGCAAUAGUUUCUUUUUUUUUCUUAC